AACCAAACAGAAGUAAAAGAAGCUCAGUCAUACUUUCAAAGUUGCAGGCUUUAAACUCAUAGUCACAGAAACACAAAGGAAAAAAGAAGAAGAAGAGAGACUCUGACUCAGACCAAAAAUGGAGAGAGCCACGCCCGUCAGAAAGCCACACACCGACACUUCCGAUCUGCUGACGUGGACUGAGGUUCCUCCAUCGUCCCCUGCCACUCCCACCACCCACCGCUCUCACCAGCCGUCCGAUGGUAUCAAAAAAGUGCUGCAUGGAGGUCAGGUGACUGAGGAAGAAGCUCAGAGCCUCAACAAAAAGAAGCCUUGCUCAGGGUAUAAAUUAAAGGAGGUAAGUGGAAGUAUAUUUACAGCUAAUGGUGGAUAUGGUGCUUCACAAUCUGAUGCUGCUAAUCCCAGUAACAGAACAACAGUGCGUGUAUAUAAGCAAGCCUCGAAUGGAAUUAGUCAAAUAUCAUUCAGUACUGAAGAGAGUAUCUCGCCAAAGAAGCCGACCUCUAUUCCUGAGGUUGCAAAGCAGCGUGAGCUGAGUGGGACAUUGCAAACUGAGUCUGAUGCAAAGACUAAGCAGAUAUCUAAUGCUAAGAGCAAGGAGCUUAGUGGUCAUGACAUCUUUGGCCCUCCCCCAGAAAUAGUGCCUCGAUCACGGGCUGCUGCUCGUACCUUGGAAUCUAAAGAAAAGAAAGGCAUGGGAGAACCUGCACCUCGAAACAUCCGCACAUCUGUCAAAGUUUCAAAUCCUGCUGGAGGUCAGAGUAACAUACUGUUUGACGAAGAACCUGUUGUCAAGACUUCAAAGAAAAUACAUAACCAGAAGUUCGCUGAGUUGACAGGGAAUGAUAUAUUUAAGGGAGAUGUUCCUCCAGGAUCUGCUGAAAAACCCCUGAGCGUGGCUAAGCUGAAAGAAAUAAGCGGCAGCAACAUCUUCGCUGAUGGAAAGGCACAAUCAAGAGACUUUCUAGGCGGUGUCCGCAAGCCCCCUGGUGGUGAGAGUAGCAUUGCCUUGGUUUAACACUUAAUGUCUAACUUGUUAUAUUUCAUUGCCAUUACUAAAUGCUUUUUCUUUAUAAACCCUCAAGUGUGGACUCUUUUGUUUUUGACUUGUACGCCUGGCUUGACUGAUGAUCAGCUUUGAGGCUUUCGGAAUGGUACAUGUGAGUAGCUAUAUGUUGAAAACUUGUUAGGCCAUAAUACUUAGAUGAAAUGCAGGAGGCUUGUCUAAUUUGGUUUAUUUCAGCAGUGUGUUUUAACUUUGUCAUUUCAAGUGUGUUACUUCUUCCAGGACCAAUAUCGUCUAUAAAUAAAAAUGAUAGUUUAGGUAA